CCUCGAGCUGCCAGAGUGCUCUUUGUCAUUCCUCAGUUGCAUUAUUCCGCACGCACGCAAUCCGUUUCCUUCUCCGAGUUGUUCCUUCUUCUGCCGGUAUCUGGUUGUUUCUUAACUCUAAGCAAAAGUGAGUGAUUCGCGGCAGAUAUGCGGUGAGCUCUCACCGCCCCUCGCUGCACACGUGCGCCCGAGAUUCGCGACCAGACUGUUGAAUGUGAGAAUCAAAUUUGAGUUGAGUGAGAGAGAGAGAAGAAGCCACGAGGAUGCCCAAGAUCUUUCUGAUAAAGAACCGGCUGCAUCAGCAGCAGCUGCGCCUCCUCGAGGCACAGCACCUCAGCAAAAGUCCGCCGCCACCCGGUUCCGGACAUCAUCACGUCAUCGUCAAGGACGUGUCGCCGCCACCCAUAGCCCCCACUCGUAGUCCUUCCACUCAGGAGCCGCUCAGUCUCAUCGUCAGCAAGCACCAAUAUCGUGAAAAAUCCGACGAUGAGCGUGCAACGACACCAGAAUCACUGCGAGGCGGCAGCUCGCCAGCACCGUCACCGCCGCCAACUUUAGUUCCACUACCGCCAAUCGUUCGACCGGAGACGACAACGACACCACCACAGCAACAGCAGCAACAACAGCAACCAUCGACAAAAACAGCGCGACGCUUCAUAUCGAGUAUCCUCGGUGGAGACGUACCGUAUGGCAGUCGUGGACAUGUACUCAGUAAAACCGACAGAAUCGAACUGCCAAGGCCGGCAAGUCCGGCGGCAAGGAUACCAGAGGCGCCUACAAGGGUAUCCGUCAUACAAAGGGUCCCCACAAAGGUACAGGCUGCUAGGAGGGAGGAGACCAAGAUCGAACUGCCCAGAACUCAGGAGCCGGAGCAGGACCAACCUAUCGACUACGCGGUUCCGAAACGCAACAAGGACGACCAGGAAGAAAGCGGACACGAGACAACGAAAGCUACCUCUCGUGCGCCGAUCGACACUUCGCUAGCCCGACCCCUGUUGGCGGCUAUGAGAGUACGCGUACCUGCAGGAGCCAUUCACGUUGCUGCAAGUGGACACGGUAGAUCGAGCAGUGCCAGUGGUGGCGGUCAGUCGAGUGGUGGUUCCGGUGCCUCGUCUGGUUCCGCAGGCGGUGGCUCGGCUGGAAGCGGUGGUGGUUUCGCCUCUAGUGGAGGGGGCGACGCGGGUGGUGGCGCCGCUGGCGGCAGCGCCGGUGGCGGCGGCAUGAAUCCUGGCGGCAACGGUGGACGCGGCAAUUACGGCCCAAGCUCCCCGCCGACCGGUUCGUUGCCCCCGUUCUAUGAGAGUCUCAAGGGCGGAAACAACUUGGCUAACUUUGCCAAUCAAUACAAUGGUAAUGGAUACCUUACGGCUUCUCCGGCAGUCGGCAUGGAAUGCGACACCGGUCAGGGUGACAGCUUGAACUCGCAUAAUCAGUACUCGGCCCAGGAAGGCAAGCAGUACUCGCUCCUUCAGAACGUUUGCGCUUCGUACGGUAUUGCAUUGAAAGAGGAGGAGGACCUGGCCGGGUACAAGAUGCAGCCGAACGACCUGUUAUCUGGACAAUACGGUGGCUACGACGUCACCGAUUCCGGCAUGAUGUUGGACGUCGUUUCUGGCGCUGGCGUCGAUCCGCUUCAGUUCUCAGCAACUUUGACAUUCACAUCGUCCGAUCACUCGGCACUUCUGGAAAGUCUGACGGACGCUGCUGAAUUAUUCUUACCGAGGCUGACUUCGGAUGAGAAUGCCGAGCUACUUGAUGAAACCUUACCCUCCCCUGCUUCCGCCGCUAGCAAUGGCAUCGCUCAGGAUGCCACGCAACUCAGUACUCCCGUUGAGCCUAGCGUCGAUCCGUUUCCUGAACACAGUAUCUCGCUUACGAGAGGAUUCGAUGCGUCGAGACAUUACGGAGCGCCACAGCACUUUGGCUCGUCCAAAUUACCCUCGCUCUACACCAACGGUGAUUCCACCUACCAGUCACUAAACAAAGAGCGCAACGAGCUUGGCCUUCACAUCAACCAGAACCAGACGGAGCCACAGCUUCAACAACUACAAAUUCAAGUGCAACUACAGCAGCAACAGCAGCAGGCGAUGUCACCACAUCCACCGCAUCACCAAGGUUUGCUGAGUCCCGGUCUCAGCUUUGGCAGUGGAUUAGAACUCGACUCGGCAAGUAGCGGUUCAUUGCCAAGUCCUGGAGCUGGAAGCUGCUCGUUGGACGCUACUUCGACAAGUACGUCACCGUCAUGCGCUCUGAUGGAACACGCACCAAGUCCAUCGGCCGUGGCAACAAAUACUCCGAGCAGCACUCAAGAGCCACCGCUUGUGGCGCAAAGGGUUGGUGCUCUUCAGCAGAGGCUGGGACUUCCCGGUGACUUACCACUAGAAUUCGUGAAUGGAGGCCACGGAAUAAAGAAUCCAUUGGCGAUCGAAGGGCAAAGGCAAGCUACCACUAAUAGAGACGAAGAACGCACAACUCGAGCUCCGACCAGUAAGGACGACGAUCCCAGUCGAUUCAGCUGUCGUGUUUGCAACAAAAAUUUCAGCUUGCAGAGAUUACUGAAUAGACAUAUGAAGUGUCACAGCGAUGUGAAACGUUACCUCUGCACGUUCUGCGGCAAAGGCUUCAAUGACACGUUUGACCUGAAGAGGCACACGCGCACGCACACCGGUGUACGACCCUACAAAUGUAAUCUCUGCGAGAAGAGUUUCACGCAACGAUGCUCCCUCGAGAGCCAUUGCCUCAAAGUACAUGGAGUGCAGCAUCAGUAUGCUUACAAAGAACGUCGCACAAAGGUUUACGUGUGCGAAGAGUGCGGCCACACAACGCAGGAGCCCGAAGUGCACUACCUGCACCUCAAAGACAAGCACCCGUACAGUCCGGCCCUCCUCAAGUUCUAUGACAAGCGUCACUUCAAAUUCACGAACAGCAACUUCGCCAACAUGCUGUUGCAGGGCGGGCUGCUGCAGCGGGACUCGCGAAACCCAGACUCCUGCGUCAAGUCAGCCUCGAAGACGCUCGAGACGACGCAGCUGCGCAGGGCCUCGACUUUGUUGCACAUGGGCCGGGCGGCAUCCACUUUUUGAGCGAGAGACUCACGCAAAUACAUUACGAAAACCGAGAGAGCGAGAGAUAGAGAGGGGGAGAAAGAGAGAGAGAGAGGGAGAGAGAGAGAGAGAGACAGAAAGGGAGACUACCUUUUUUACAAUCACGGAUGAUGGACACUCACUCGUAACACACACCCUUACGUACAUUUCUCCGUUUGCAGCGGCAUCGUUCAGUAUUUAUUUUUGUUCGCACAAUCAUAGACACACAAGCGCAAAUUUAUUAUCAUACGUAACCCAAUCUUUCAUUUAGCGAGGUUUUAUUUUUUCUUGCUCUGGUUUUCUUUCAUAGGGGAGGGUACAUAGCUUAGUUAUUUUCUUCGCGUGAGAAGGGUAACAGAACAAAAAAACACCGAGGGCCCAAAGACUUGGAAUCGACGUUUCAGGAAUGUUCAAUAAUGUAUUGCUUGCUCUCUUCACGGUUGAUUUAUUAUAAUGAGAUGCUCGGCGCGUUACGUUGCUUUCCGACUUUGCGGGCCGAUUCUUUAAACGAAUGCUCUUAAGAGAUCUUUCGCGUUGCAAGCGAGGAACGCGCACCGCUUUUACGUGCAGCUCUUCUCAAGCAGCAAAACUUUUGUGACUCUUUUACAUUUUGAUUAAUCUCAGAGAUAAUUUUUGCAAGAUGCAGCGACAUUUUUCUAUGCGAAUACAAAUGAACGUCAUUACAAAGUCUGAUAAUCUCAUGUUUUAUUUCGCACGCACAAGUUCCAUAUUUAGUGUAAAAGACUGCUGGACGUUAGAGAUCUCUUAAUGUACUUAAAUGGAUCGACGUUUAUACUAUUAUAUAGAAGAUCGCCGCAAAGUUAAGAAGCUUUCGGUCGAUUCUUUUAUUCGACUGACGUGGUAAAUACUUAAAUAAUGUUAAAUAAUUACUGUAUAAAAAAAUAAGGAUAAGAGAAAGCUGAUGAUGUAAUCCCUUUCUCUUCUUUUAUAAUAUAGAUUUUAUGCGCACCUUUGUUAAAUGGUAUAACCUGUGAUAUAGAGUGGCCCGAAUGAUGAAAAAAAUAGAAGCACAAUUUCAAACCAAUUUUCUUCUUCUUGAAUGCUGGCGUGAAUGAGGAUCUUUCAUUGAACACAGAUUUGAACGUGAGCUCUAUAAUACAUAGAAGAUUUUUUAUGAAAGAAAAUAUUUUAGGGCGGGACGAUGCAAUCGAAUUUUUACAUGUACUUAAAAGGCGAUACAUAGUUUCGCAUGGCAUCGAAUGCGAGAUUUUAUAUGCGCGAAAAUCAAACGCGUAUUAUAAACAUAAACACAAAUCGGGGAUUCGUGCAAUUAUUCGCGGUGGCAGAGAAUCUUAGUAGGCGCCUUUCGCUUCUAUUUGACAAAUUAUGCGUAGGUAGAUUUCUUUCUUGUCUUCAUUUGCAAGACGGGACAAUUAAAGCACGCAGGGUGCUUUAUUUGCUUGGAGGAUCAGAAUCUUUUUAAGGAUAAACAGUAAAAAAAUGACGACGAGGUGCUUACUCACUCUUAUAACGAAUUUAAGUGAAAUUAUUUGUACAUAUAGUAUUUUAAUCGAGAAUUUAUAUAGAUAUGUACGUGUGUGUCAGAAAGUUUUUCUAUGAAAAAGAAGGGAAAUGCGAUAUAGAUGUAAACUAAGAAAAGUUAUGUCGUCGAGGUAACACCUGCAUUUCUUUAUGCUUCGAGUAAAACAUUGUCGGCGCUCGCGAUCUUUACUUGGCACAAACUUUCAUUCCAAUGAUCAUUAAAGUUAUACAUGCGACCAUUGUGUAGUUCUUUUGUAGGUAUUAGACUAGUGCGUUUCUCUCUUUUUUAAAAUAUAAUUGUAAAUCUGUUUAAAAAGCAAAACUAUCUAUGUUGGUGACUGUAAAUAAUAUCUUAUCGAUAUUUUUUAUUUUGGGCUGCUUUUCAGGCCUCCUACGCGGGUCAAAUUUCAGUCUUUACACUAUUAGUACCUUGCAUAUUUUAACUAUAAAAUAUAAAAUGAGUAAUUGUAUAAAUAGCGUGAGAUUUUAUUAGUAUAUUAAUAAUAUUAAUACAACUAUUAUAUAAUCAUAUAAUUCUAUUGAUAUAUUAUUAAUGAUUGAUUAUGGAUGAUAAAAGUAAAAAGGCUAUUGUAUAAAGAAAAACAAAUCAAGAAGCAUGAAACAAAUCCAUCUGUCCAGAUUCAAAUACUCAAGUAAAAAGCAAGUGAACACCGAGGAGUGCGAUUACUACGACUCUAUUAUUUAAUUUACGCCCAGUAUUGUUUUUACCGCAUAAUAAAUACAAUCUCUCUCUUUUUUCUUUUGUGCUUGAGUCGAAUUAAAACAUAACGUUAUGCUAUGUGCGUAAUUUCGAAUAUAUACGUAUCAUCAGCAAGCGCUCAAACACGAUUUAUAACACUUUUUACAUAUUGAUGUCUCUUUUUUUUAACUUUAUAACGUUGGACUCUCGUCGUUAAUAAUAAAAACAUGGUUAUUGUCCGUAUUAUAUUAUUAAUAUUAUUGAAUAUAUUAUAAAAAUAUUUAUCGUCGUUAAGAUCAACGCAUAUGAAUGUUAUUAUUAUAGAAUAAAUAAAAAUGGUGAAUACAUUUGUUGGGACGGCAAUGAGAACGCCUACCAAUUUAUAAAAAAAUUAUCUACGAUGACUAUCUUUUACGCGCUUAAUAAUGCCUUUUUAUUGUAAAAGCUGCGUAAUUAGCGUUUCAAAAUAUGAAAAUAAAUAAUUUA